CUACAAGGCCCGCCCACUCAGUGACGCAGAACAGUGUAACUUCCGUAAAGCUCUGAAUACGCAAUUCAACGCGUGGUUAUCUUAGCAGUGAUAGAGAACAGGAUUGUGACGUCUGAAGAGGAAAAAAAAUUCACAGAAUGCUAUCCAGAAAACUGGGCCAAGAGUUGGGGCGACCAACUCAUUCCCUCUCCGGGUGGCUGAUUAGCAAGUUCCUGAAGAAGCAUAACCAGAUCCUAGAGGAGAAUGCAGUGAAGCUGUGUGAGAUCCAGCCUGAUGAUACAGUGUUGGAGCUGGGACAUGGUCCAGGCCUGGGUUUACAGGUAGCUGUCCAGCUCCUCACAGGGCCUGGAGGAAAGCUGCUUGGGGUGGAUUACUCCAAGUACAUGCAUCGCAUGGCCUCAGAGAGGAUGCAGGAGCACAUAGCCAGUGGGAAAGUGACUCUGCACUGCUGUGACGUAGCAGCAAUGCCAUUAGAAGACAGCAGUGUGGAUAAAGUUUUCCACUGCAAUUGCUACUACUUCUGGCCUGACCUGAAGGCAGUAACCUCGGAGAUACACCGAGCGAUGAAACCAGGUGCACUCAUGGUGACGACCCUCAGACUGGAUCGUGUUGUUACACUUGCAUCUAAGAAAGUGUUUCCUGGAGAGAACUGGCGACCUGAAGCCUACAUGGAGGCGCUGCAGUCCUGUGGUUUUGCAGACGUUCGAAUGGAGAACAGAACAGAGAAGCUCAUCCCAUUUCAAACAAUUUAUGCCAUUGCUGCGAAGUAAAGCAGGAACAGAUCUAGCUGUCUGUCUGUGCCUGUCACUUACACUUUCUCCCCUCCCCUCAUCCAUAUAUAUAUAGACAAUUCUAAAGGGUUCACAAAUUUUCAAGCACCAGUGUGUGUUUGUGGUAAUUUACUGUUUUCUGUAUUCAAGUUCUUAUUUUAUUUCUUGUACCAUUUUAUUCAAUGUUCAGCAUUUUAGUCAACGCAGAUAGUUUUAAAUGUGCUUUCUAAAUAAAUCCUACUUAUUAUUA